AUGUCGUCGGACAGCAGUCUAGGGAAGGCGAUCGAGCUCGUCACUUGUGCUACUGAAGCAGACAAGGCCAAGAACUAUAAAGAAGCGUUGAGAUUGUAUGGAAAUGCCUGCGAUUACUUCUUACACGCUCUCAAAUGUAUGUUUUUCGUUUGUUAUUGUUUUUCUAUUCAUAGAUUAUGUUGAAGACGACGCAACGAGAUAUAUUAGGACGUUCUUUGUUAUUUAUGUUACGGUUUUUGGUUAGAAUUACAGUGUUUUUGAUAGAAUAGUUAAUUUUUAUGGACUAUAGACAAGUUUUUCAUCGAAAAAAGAUUCAUAUAGUGUUUUGUAGUUAGAACAAGUUUAUGUUACAUUGAAAACCUAUUUAUACGUAGAAUUUACGUAGUUAAUAGUGUAGUUUAAGUUCUGGCUGUUUAAUCUACGUUUUUUGGUUGAAUUUUAAAAUAUAAUUUUUGAUGCUAAAGCAAUAUUCAAAAAUUGGAAGUUUUUCUUAAUUCAUUUUAUAAUUUUAGCAAAAUAUAAUCUUAUUAUCUAUUAAAUUAGUUUGUAUUUUUAUUGUUUUGCUUUUUCAGAUGAAACUCACAGUGACAAGCAACGAGAAACGAUCAGACAGAAGAUGUUGUCUUAUGUUGUUCGAGCCGAGAAGGUGAAGGAAUAUUUAGAUGCAGAAGAGAACGGAAAGAAGCCUAUGAAAGAAGGUGGUGACGACAAUGAUUCUGAUGCCGACAAUCAAAACAAGAAGCUACAAGAGGGUUUGAACAAGGCUAUCGUCGUGGAGAAACCGAAUGUGAAAUGGAGUGAUGUGGCUGGACUGGAUGCUGCUAAGGAAGCUCUGAAGGAAGCUGUCAUCUUACCCAUCAAGUUCCCUCACUUAUUCAAAGGUAAGAAUAAGCUUUUAUUUAUAUUCUUAUAGGUUUUUUUUAUUAUUUUAUCGGUUAUUGUGAGUAAUUUAUGUUGUUCAACAUAGUUUUGGGGUUUCAAAAGGAAUACAAUGGAUGUCACAGUUAAUGAAAUUUUGUCAAAGUAACUAAAAACUUAUUCAGAAGUCAAUCUAGUUUAUAUGCUUGUCAAAUAUGCAUUUGUACUAUAG